ACGGUUUUGAAUCAUUUUGCGCGUUGAGAACUGAACUUUUUGUAACUGUAAAAUUUGUGGACAAAAGGAUACGCAAGAUAGUAUAAUAUUGUUUAUUAUUCGAUUCAAGCACUUUAUUUGUACCGUUUUUGAAUUCGAUUGGUUAACAGUAUGUCGGAGGCGGAUGAUAUUUUUGCGGAAAAUUCCUCAGGCGAUGUGUACCUUUCCAGUGGAAGCUUCGAAGCGCCGCAGGAAUCGAUAGUAAUUGAAGAAACUGAAACCGAGGAAGAAUGGGAGGAAGAAGACAGCGCAUCCCGGCAAGCUCGGGAACGCAUUAAAAAGCGUCAAAGUCGGCGUAUGUCUUUUCACCCGGUGCGGAACAACUCUUCGAGUGAAAGUGAAGCCGACGAAAUUGAGAUGAAACGUAGUCGCAGCGAGCGAGAAGUAACGGUCAGUCUCGAUUCUACUAGUGAAGAGGAAUUAGCCGUGGAAAGCAGAGCCCUGUCGCCGGCAACUCGGCUUAGUAUCAGCGGAGUCCGUCCAGAUGAUCUUAGCUCCGAUGAGGAUGAAAUAAUUAUGAAAAAAUCGAAUCGCCCUAGAGUACUAAUGAUAGACGAUGAAGACAGCGAUGACGGAGAGGGCGACGAUGAAGAGGGCAACCAUGAAGAGGGCAACGAUGAAAGCAACAGAAGCGAACCGGUCGAAGCAUCCAUGGCUAGAGAUAAUGUGCAUGAUUCUUUCGAUGAUAGUCUUCCUUUGCACAGUUAUAAUGCAGAAUCAGGCAAACGCGAUUCUAUCAGUACGAAACUAUCAUCUACAGCAGUUUCGGAAGACACCGAGGAAUCUCAAGAAAAUGCUAUCGAUAAACGUUCUUCUACCAGUAUACAGAAAUCAAUCGACAAUAAAUUGUCUAUCAGUACGAAAUUAUCGUCCACAACUGUUUCUGAAGAAACUGAAGAAUUCCAUGAAAAUGCACGGUUAUCAAGCAGUAUAAGACAGUCAAUUGGUAAUAAGUUGUCCUCAACAGUAAUGGAAGAAAAUAAGGAGAAUAUCAGUUAUCAAGAUCGGAGCAGCUCGCCUAGUAUCGUUGAAAUACAUAAAUCGAAUUCGAUUUUGUUACUUUCUAGCGACGAUGAAGUUUCCUCUAAUGUUGAUAAACCAGCGCUAGUACAACCGACAAUCAAAUCUAUGUUUACUAAAAAACAGGUUUCGCAAAGUUUUUAUGAUAGCAAGAUGCGUAGUUUAGGCGAUAAAAAAGCCACCCUAGUUAAAAUGGAAAAACUAACCAAGGUUAAGGAUGAUUUGCCAGACAAAGGAGUUGCUCUUAUAAAAAGAAUGUUUGCUCUAAAGCACGAAAUACAUUCCUUAAGUAAAGAAAUCGAUCAAAUGGUAGUGAACGAGUCGAACAACGUUCGAACUGAAAUCCAAAAAAGUUUCGAAAGCUCGAUCGACACGAGCGGGCAGAUUUUGGUGGAUAGCCGAAACACUUCGGUGGCCAGUAACGAUUCCGCUGUUCAACCAGUGACCAAUUAUUCUUGGCAAGACAUUGCGAAGACCGCUGAUCAGAUCCAACCGAAGCACACUGGCAAGCAAGGGAUGGCUACAUUUGAAACGCAGAAAACGUUAACCUUGGAUCGUUUGGCUACACUGCACAAAUCGAUUGAGACGUGCCCUAGUGAGGAUACGCUGGCGGAACCACCAAAACUGCUGCGAAUUGACUUGAUGCACCACCAGUUGCAUGCUCUAGCAUGGAUGCUUUGGCGAGAGCGUCAAAAGCCGCGCGGGGGGAUACUGGCGGAUGAUAUGGGUUUGGGAAAAACAUUAAGCAUGAUUUCGUUAAUCCUAAAAAGUAUAGAGCUUGAUGAUCCCGACCAGGAGCAACGGAAAGAUAGCGAUUCUUCGACAGACGAAGAGAAUGGUGGUGUUAGUGCUGGCUGGAAGGCAAAAGGCAGACAGGAUUACUACGCUGGUGGAACUUUGAUCGUAUGCCCGGCUUCAUUGAUCAGACAGUGGGAAGGAGAGAUCACCAAUCGAGUGGCGCGAAACAGUUUGGCCGUAUCUGUUUAUCAUGGGUCAAAUCGAGAUGUAAAGCCAAGACAUCUGGCCAAGUACGAUGUUGUAAUCACGACGUACAACAUUGUAUCUCGGGAGUUGAAAAUAGAACGAAGUGGAAUUUUCGGAGUAAAAUGGGAGCGAUUGAUUUUGGAUGAAGCACACGUGAUUCGUAACCAUAAAAGUGCAAUGUCCGUUGCUUGCUGUAACCUAAAAGGUCGAUUUCGGUGGGCUCUUACCGGAACUCCUAUCCAGAACAAAGAAAUGGAUAUGUACGCGCUGAUGAAAUUUCUUCGCUGUAGCCCGUUUGAUGAUUUGAACCACUGGAAGAAGUGGAUAGACAACAAGAGUUCCGGAGGGAUGGUUCGACUUAACACGAUAAUGAAGUCGAUAAUGCUGCGGAGAACCAAACAGCAACUAAACGAAAAAGGCGCUCUGCAGGGACUUCCGAGUAAAAGCAUCGAAGUAAUUGAAGUACGGCUAGAUAAGGACGAAAUGAAUGUAUAUCAGAAAGUUUUACUCUAUUCACGAACGCUUUUCGCUCAGUUUUUGCACCAACGAGCUGAGAAAGCAAAUGAUGACAAUUUCGCUCAUUCAAGUCGACCGACAUUCGCUCAAACACGCCAACCAAAUGCCGCGUAUGAUCGUGUUCAUCAGAAACUGAAACAACUGCACACAAAAGAUGAGGUCAAGCAGCAUCAAAUUCUGGUGCUAUUGCUUCGCCUGCGCCAGAUUUGCUGUCACCCAGGGUUGAUACAGCAAAUGUUGGAAGAUGAUGAAGGAAAUUUCGAUGUAAGUUCAGAGGAAGAAGCAUCGUCUGAGUUAGAUUUGCUCGCACAGUUAAACAAGCUGAAAUUGACGGAUACAUCGGGUAGUGCUGCAGUCAAUAGCAGUACCGAAGAGGGGCAAAAGGAGCUAAACAUCAGCGACCAAUUACCCGGAAAUACGGAAGCCAUUUCGAAAGCAUCGUCCAAAGUGAUGCUACGUUCGAAUCCGGUUUUCGAUUUAGUGCGACUCAGUUCGAAGAUCGCCAAAGUGUUAGAUCUGCUAGAGGAGAAAGUUCUUUCCGGCAGUGAUAAAGCGAUCGUUGUGUCACAGUGGAGUAGCGUACUGGACAUCGUCGCACACCACCUAAGUGAGAAAGGAGUUCGCUUCGUGUCGCUUACCGGUAAGGUACCGGUGAAGUUUCGGAACGAUAUUGUACUGGAGUUUAACAAGCAGGGUUCGGGACCUAAGAUUAUGCUGUUAUCAUUAACCGCCGGCGGUGUCGGAUUGAAUCUCAUCGGAGCCAACCAUUUGCUUCUACUUGAUCUGCAUUGGAAUCCUCAGCUGGAAUCGCAAGCGCAAGACCGCGUAUAUCGAGUUGGACAGAAAAAGCCCGUGUAUAUCUGGAAGUUUAUGUGCGUGGACACCGUGGAGCAAGCGAUUCGAGUACUUCAGGAAAGGAAAUUGGGUAUAGCGAAUGAGGUGCUCACUGGAACUAAACAGACCAGCAGCAAACUAACGAUCGACGAUCUGAAGACACUGUUCGGCUUGUAAGCGGAAGUGCCGAUUCCAAUUGUUCUGUGAUAACUAGGAGGGUACGUUAUUUCCUUUUUUUUUCGAUACUCAACGCAAUGGUUCAUUCGUUCGCCGGGAAGUUACUAUACAGAUAGUUUGCUACAGAUUUAUGAGGGUUGGAAAUAUAACACAGUUUUUUGGUUGCCACAUUCCUCCAC